CAGGAGGGCAUCAUGGGAAGCCCCACAGGCAUCCAUCCCGUCCCAGACGCUCAGAAUCAAACACACUAAGCAGACAAGAAAAAAUGAAUGUCACGUGGUCGGCGUCGUAGCCUAGGAGAACCUUUGUUUACUUCCGGGUUGUCAGACUCGAAAACAAGCGAGGCACAAACACGCCCACGACGGCGAGAAAAGCGGAUUAAAGUCCCGCAGAGAUGGCAGGGGAGGCGGAGGACGAGAUACCAGAAUCAGGAGCAGUUUUCACUUUUGGAAAGAGUAAGUUUGCAGACAACGUUCCCAGCAAAUUCUGGCUUAAAAACGACAUCCCUUUAAAAAUCGCCUGUGGGGACGAGCAUACCGCCUUAAUAACAGAAAAUGGGAAACUCUUCAUGUUUGGCAGCAACAACUGGGGCCAGCUGGGUCUGGGAUCCAAAGUGACAGUGAACAAGCCUACGUGUGUCAAAGCUCUAAAGUCGGAGAAAGUUCAGUUUGUGGCGUGUGGCAGAAACCACACUCUCAUCUGCACAGCUCAGGGAAAGGUGUUCUCGUCCGGGGGGAACAGUGAGGGUCAGCUGGGGCUUGGGGACUGUGAGGAGCGGACGGCCUUCCAGAGGAUUCACUUCUUCGACUCUCGAGGACCAAUCAAAAUGCUCGCUGCUGGUUCAAACACCUCUGCUGCUCUCACAGAGAGCGGUAAACUGUUCAUGUGGGGCGACAACACGGAGGGUCAAAUCGGUUUGGGGAAGGAGAGCCACGCCGCCUCGCCCCAGGAGGUCAGCGUGGGUCAACCAAUCAGCUGGGUGUCCUGUGGAUACUACCACUCUGCAUUAGUGACAGCUGACGGAGCUCUGUACACGUUUGGUGAGCGUGACAGCGGUAAACUGGGUCUGGGCACCGAGCAGCUGCCCCGACAUCGAGUCCCUCAGCGGGUGAAGAGCAUUAAAGAGGAGGUGCUGCAGGUGGCGUGUGGAGGGGGACACACGGUGGCACUAACAGAAGACGAUAUAUACACCUUCGGUCUCGGUCAGUUCGGUCAGCUCGGUCACGGCACGUUCAUUUUCGAGUCGCGGGUCCCUCGGCUUGUUGAGCACUUCAGGAAGGGAAGAGUGUGUCAGGUGAACUGUGGGGAAAACCACACUGCUGUCAUCACAGAAAGCGGUCUGCUGUACUCGUUUGGAGACGGUCGACACGGGAAACUGGGUCUGGGGGAAGAAAACUUCACAAACCAGUUUAAACCGACUCUGUGCCCUCGCUUCCUCAAGUACAAUGUUCAGGCAGCUACGUGUGGCGGCUGUCACAUGGUGGUGCUGGCUUGUCCGAGGGAUCCGGGCUGCAGCGAUGUGACUCUGGAGGAAGACGACGUGACAGAAGAUUACCUGGAGAAGCCGUACGUGGAGCUGCUGGGGAGUACGGCCGACUCGUCAAUCCUGCAGAGGAGCCUCUCUGCUCGGGUCCGCAGGAGGGAGAGGGAGAGAUCUCCGGACCAGUUCGGCGCCAUGUUCCGCACGCUGCCUGCCGUGAUGUCCGGCUACCUCCGCCCACCGCUCCCCAUCUCCGGUCAGACCAUCCCGCCCAGACUUCCUCCGACCGAGCUGAGCCACAGAAAGGUGCUCAACGGCACUCACCAACACGGGAGCGCAGGGUCAAUGCACCAGGAGCAGACAGGCGACGUUGUGGAGAGCCUGACCGACACAGACAGCGUUAAAGAUCUCGGAGAAACCACAGACUUCCUCAACAUGACACACGUGAUGAAGAUGGACCCUGGCGAUAAAAGCCUCACUCUGUCUCCAGUUCAGAAGGAUUCUUCCAAAGGGUCGGAUCAGACGUUCAGGAAGGGCGAUGAGGACGAAGAGGAAGAAGACGCAGAGGAGGAAGAGGAAGUAGAGGAGGAAGAGGAAGUAGAGGAGGGCAUUGUUGAUGAGGAAGAGGAAGAAGAGGAGGAGGAUACAUCAGCUGAGACGGAGGGGCAAUCCUCCAGUUUGGACGACUCGACAGAGAAACCAGCAGCGGCGUCUCAGAGUCUUAAACCUGAAGAGCAGAAAGAAGAAUCAGCGCCUGAUGCAGAGCAGAAAGCCGACAGAGAAAUCACAGAGCAGCCCAUCACUGCAGGAGAAGAAAAGACGAGUGAUGGAGCAAAACCAGCCAAUGGGACGACAGACGGGGAAUCCAAAAACCAAUCAGGCUCCAACAAAAAGCUCUCUCUCUUCAGGCGCCUGUCCUUCUCUAGAUCGAAGCAGAACAACGGCACGGACCAAACCCCAGCAGAGGGCGUCAUCUCCGGGGAUGCAGCAGUCCAUGGAGAGCCUCCCCCCCCUCCUCCUCCUCCUCCUCCUCCUCCUCCUCCUGCUGCUGCUGCUGGGAGCCGUGACACAGAGACAAUCAGAGGAAAAGCACCUCAGAGAUCUCUCGCCCAGGGAGCCCGGGCACCUCGCUCCGGAGCCUGCACCGUCCUCUGAUCCCGGGAACAAAAACUCUCAGGUGUCCUCAGUGAUCUGAAAGUGUGAAAACGGUUCAUUAGCAACACUUAAAGGGAACCUGUGGCGUUCUCACAUCCAGCGUCACUCAGCAAAACAUCCAGCAUCGUUUACAUCUGUGUGAAGCUACGUACGGUCUUCUUCUCUGUCUUUUCUGGUGACCAGAGAAAGCUUCACCGGGAAUCUUUAAAUGUGCAGUAUACCAGCUGUUACUGGUUUUAUUAAAGCAUCUUACUCUUCAAGAAGGUUGACAUUAUUUUCAAUACUUUGAUGCUUUUAUCGACACCACAUAUUUUAAAACGAUGCAACCACUUUUUUUUCUAACUCUCAGUAGAAGGACCAAACCUAAAGAAAUACAUCUAUUUCAUAAGAAAGAGAGGAACGGAUCCAUCAAUUCUGAAAACAAGAAAUUCAACAAUCCAGGACUUUUAUUUUUCUGACUGUUAUAUUGAAACAGGAAUCCAUAUCCUUUGAUUUUUACCAGAAUCA